AUGGAUUUGGAGAAGACUCAAAAUAAACUGACAGAAGAUAGGUUCAACCCAAACCAUAUCAAAGAAGUUCAAAAAUGGACAGAAAACCUUAUGCAGUCCACUAAAAUAGAAGAGCAAAUUAUGAUGCAUAAAUCAAAGAUAAACUGGUUGAAACUUGGAGAUAUCAAUUUAGCAUACUUCCAUGCUACCAUUAGAGGAAAAAGCAAAAAAAUUGAAAUGCACAAACUAGGGGAUCCCAAUGGUACAAUUCUCAAAGAUCAUAAGGAAAUUGAACAAGAAGUCAUAAGAUUCUAUAGAGAGCUAAUUGGUACAACUGCUCACAGAAUUAAUCUUGUGGAUAUUGUUGCCUUGACAAAUGAUGCUCAACUUAAAGACAUACAUAUGAACAAUCUUAUUUAUAAUUUUACUGACUAUGAGAUAUGGACAUCAUUGAAAGGAAUAUGUGAUCCAAAAGCUCCACGAAUUGAUGGCUACAAUGCUAAAUUCUUGAAGAAAACGUGGAACAUUAUUAGUGAAGAUGUGAAGGAUGCAAGACUUCUUUGUCAAUAA